CCCGAGCUGCAGUGGCGCUGCGGGCAGCAGGUACUGUGUGCGCCCAGCCGCUGGCCUCAAGCGUACUGAGGAUCCUGCCAGCGCCGCACCUGCCCGCCCGGUCCUCGGGCUGUCGCAGCGCGGGGACCACCCUACUGGGAGCUGCCGCUGACAUGAGCGCAGUGUCGCAGCCCCAGGCUGCUCAUGCCCCACUGGAGAAGCCGGCCAGCACUGCGAUCCUGUGUAACACCUGUGGGAAUGUGUGCAAGGGAGAGGUGCUGCGUGUGCAGAACAAGUACUUCCACAUUAGGUGCUUCGUGUGCAAAGCGUGUGGCUGUGACCUGGCUGAGGGUGGCUUCUUCGUGAGGCAGGGUGAGCACAUUUGCACACGUGACUACCAGCGGCUCUAUGGCACUCGCUGCUUCAGCUGUGACCGCUUCAUUGAAGGCGAAGUGGUGUCGGCGCUUGGGAAGACCUACCACCCUGACUGCUUCGUGUGUGCUGUCUGCAGGCUGCCCUUUCCUCCUGGGGACCGUGUGACCUUCAACGGGAAGGAGUGUGUGUGCCAGAAGUGUUCCCCACCCACAUUGCUGGGCAACAGUGCUCACGUGGCCCAGGGCCUCCGGAGUUGUGGGGGCUGUGGCUUAGAAAUCAAGAAUGGCCAGGCCCUGGUGGCUUUGGACAAGCACUGGCACUUGGGAUGCUUCAAGUGCAAGACUUGUGGGAAACUCCUCAAUGCAGAGUACAUCAGCAAGGAUGGGCUGCCCUACUGCGAGGCUGAUUAUCACAGCAAGUUUGGCAUCCGCUGCGACGGCUGUGAGAAGUACAUCACGGGCCGGGUGCUAGAGGCCGGAGAGAAGCACUACCACCCUUCGUGUGCGCUAUGCGUCAGGUGUGGCCAGAUGUUCUCAGAGGGCGAGGAGAUGUACCUGCAAGGCUCCUCCAUCUGGCAUCCGGCAUGUCGACAGGCAGCCAGGACUGAAGACAAGAGCAAGAUGCACAGCUCUGUUUGCAGCCAGCCCUGCCCGGGCACCCUGCCCUGUGCCUUACAGGAAACCAGGACUUCCUCAGAGAGCAUUGUCUCCGUGCCUGCCUCCAGCACGUCAGGGUCCCCGAGCCGUGUGAUCUACGCAAAGCUUGGCGAUGAGAUCCUGGACUACAGGGACUUGGCUGCUCUUCCCAAAAACAAAGCGAUCUACAACAUCGACCGCCCCGACAUGAUCUCCUAUUCGCCCUACAUUAGCCACUCGGCCGUGGGGGACAGGCAGAGCUAUGGCGAGUCACCUCAGUUGCUCUCACCAACGCCGACUGAGGGGGAUCAGGAUGAUCGGUCCUACAAGCAGUGCAGGACCUCCAGUCCCAGCUCUGCCGGCUCAGUCAGCCUCGGACACUACACCCCAACCUCACGGUCACCCCAGCACUACAGUCGUCCAGCUGGUACUGUGAGUGUUGGUACCAGUAGCUGUCUGUCCCUGUCCCAACACCCAAGCCCUACAUCCGUGUUCAGACAUCAUUACAUCCCCUACUUCCGAGGCAGCGAAAGUGGCCGUAGCACCCCGAGUCUCUCAGUGCACUCCGACAGCAGACCUCCUUCCUCUACCUACCAGCAGGCUCCGAGACACUUCCACGUCCCAGACACUGGCGUAAAAGAUAACAUCUAUAGGAAACCCCCUAUCUACAAACAGCACGGUCCUGUAGCCCAGUCCCCAAUGUCCAAGCUCUCUGGCCUGGUGUCAGUUUUGUCCUUGGUGGUGCAGGAGGCAGGGCGCUCCAAGAGAUGGGCAGGGCUGAGCCCACCGCAGGCUGCAGCCGCCAGGCGAUUGGACGUGGAGGACAGCAGCUUCGACCAGGACAGCAGGAAGAAGACAACCUGGCUGCUUCUCAAGGGGGAUGCAGACACCAGAACUAACUCUCCAGACCUGGACAGUCAGUCGCUGUCCCUCAGCAGCGGGACUGACCAGGAACCUCUCCAAAGGAUGGCAGGGGACAGCCUCUACUCACGCUUUCCUUAUUCCAAACCUGACCCUCUUCCAGGACCCAGGAAGGAUGGCCUGGACCUCCGGAAUGCCAACCUGGCCCCUUGUGGAGCAGACCCGGAUGCCAGCUGGGGCACGCGAGAGUAUAAGAUAUAUCCCUAUGAUUCCCUCAUCGUAACAAAUCGAAUUCGUGUGAAACUGCCCAAAGAUGUGGACCGGACACGGCUGGAGAGACACCUAUCACCUGAGGAAUUCCAAGAAGUGUUUGGGAUGAGCAUCGAGGAGUUCGACCGCCUGGCCCUGUGGAAGAGGAAUGACCUCAAGAAGAAAGCCUUGCUGUUCUGACAGCUGCCAACAUCUUACCAGGAGCCUGCUGGGGGGGCAGGGCUGAAGGACCCCACCAGCCCCCUGAAAAUCCCCUCCUGCACCUUGCUCUGCUUCUCUGUGUCAGUAGGGCAGGCAGGGUGCCUGCAGGAGGCAGGGUGGGGCCAGGCCCUGAGGAGCAUCCAGCAGGCAUGGUCCCUUGUAUAGCAAGGAUGCUCUCGCCUGUAGUUUAGGGCCAGGUGCCAGCUUGACCCACUCCUUCCCGCCACAACUGGACAUCAGGGCAGUGUUGCAGCCAGCUAUCGUAGGAGAUCGGGACAGAGCAGUCAGCCAGCCCAGCACCUUUCCGGGGCACCUGGUGUGCCCACACCUGUGCUAGGCACUGGGGCACAGAGUGUCUGGGAAGUGAGCGAAAGGCUUGUCAGGGGCAGACCCUGACACAGUAGGAAUGGUAAGUGUGAGACUUCUCGGAGCAUGAGGAGGUACCAAGCAGCCUUGCAGGCUGAGGCAGGGGAGCCAGGCCAAUGUCUGCGAGGCAGUGGGACAGAGGUUUUCUGCAGUUAUUGUGAUAGAUCUUUUCUGGGGAAUGAAUGUUGACCUGACAGGGUGCCCCCCGCUAAUGCUCUGUGUAUUGUGCCCCUCUUCCAGAUCACCCCCUUAGUUGCCUAAAUGAUAUCUUUCAAGUUACACAGAAGUUUUUAUUUUAUUAAAAAGUAUCGCUUCCUUACACAUAUGAAGACAUAUAUGCAGAGUUUAGUUUUACGGUCCCUGAGAAGGGGAGCGCCUCCGCCUUACACCCUCCCCACCUCCCACUGUGCAGGCCUCUGUGCUUCCAGUCCUCCGUGCUCCUCACAGAUAGGAGCCGGUUUUUUCCCUUCGUCCCUGCUCCUUUGUAUGUGUCACCCAGACAGCCUCAAAGACACUCACUUGCUCGCUCAGCAGUGCCGUUUGUAAAUACAUGUGAAAUGUAUCCAUCUCCUUUUCCCUCUGUCAUUUUCCCAAGUCGCUAAGAGAAGAGCUCCCCCUGAUGGCCAAAUCCCUAGAAUAAAGGUUUCCCCACUGUGGCCUAGUCUCACAUCAACCUGACCAGUCUUCCCAGUAAAGACACUCACUGUAGCCCCUCACCACAUAAACCACGCAUGCCCAGGAAGCAUGCUGUCACGUGACACAGCCACUGACUGCAGCUGCAGUGAUGGACAGCUAGAGGUGGUGCCUCCUCCAACCUGGGUGUCCAGAAGUGGGGGCUAACUAGGGCCCUGGUAGCGGGUAUGGAAGAGCACCCCUGCUGCAGGAUGGGUGGACACUGUGGUCCUGGGUGACUCUAGCUGUCCCCUCCUCUGGGUUGCCCUCACUUUCUCACAUCCCGGGACAUGUGCUGAGUCUCAUUUUGUGCUGGGGUUCUCACCAGCCUGGCUGGGCCGUGGAGGGGAACUUUUGGUACUUAAUCUGCUUCCUGCCACUUAGCAGUCUGGACCUGCGCAACUGGAAAACCCCCACCUCCUCACCCACGAGGUGUCAUGUCAUGUCUGAUCCCUGGGACA